UUUGAUUAUUUCGCGCCCACCGAAUGCAGCGAAAAUGAAAGACCUUCAACUUCAAACGCCACAGAGAGAACCAGCCUCUGCUAUUCGCCGACCGAAAUCCACCACCGACCUCAGCAAAAAUCUGCGCAAGGCCUCGAAGAAGAAGCUGAGUCCCGCAUUUAAAGCAGUAUCCGGAGAUGAAUCUGCUAUUUUGGAGCCUCUGAAGGAAGUUUCGGAGGUUUCUGAUGAUAAUCCGGUUGCUGCAUCUGUUGAGGCCUCGAAGAAGAAGCCGAGUCCUGCAUUUAAAGCAGUAUCUGGAGAUGAAUCUGCUGUUGUGGAGUCUCUGAUGGAAGUUUCGGAGGUUUCAGAUGAUAAUCCGUUUCCUGAAUCAUUUGAGAACUUCAUUGUACAAAUGGACUCAAUGAACACUCCUUCAUCAAACAAAGAGGACAUCUCAGACCUGACUUCCCCAGUGUUAUCACAGUUCUCCGUAGUCACUUCAGACGAUCUCGUAUCCCUUAAUGCCUCAGACGCCAAAUGGGAAAAUCCUGGUGCAGAUUCAACUCCCGACGAGAUAAAAUCUGCCGAGGCAGAGUUGGUGAUUAAGCAUCUAAGGGAAGCUUUAAUUCAGGUCACGAAAUCGAAGAAUGUUGGCUCUUCUCAGAAGAUUCUGAAAGCACUCAUUAGCAUCAUCAUCGAGGAGAUCAAUGGAGUUAAGUAUGAAGAGAGUGGAUGGCUCAAGAAAAAAUUUCUAUCUAAAAAGGCCAAUAUCGUGUUCUAUAUUCUUGUGAUGGGGAUUUGUGUGGUGCUCAUGUUCUGGUUCCUCAAUUUGUACUGUGAGCCAUUUCAUGUCAGGGGACCCCCACCAACUUGAUGCGCUACUUGUGAAGAAUUUUAGGUAUUAUGAACAUAUAUAUACUCUUAAGCUGUUUUGUUUGGAUUAGUUGAUUAGGAGAUGGAGUACUAUGAGACUGAGUGAUCGUAUUUUGAAUUGCUGGUUUUCGGGCUUUAAAGGACUUGUGUGGGAUACUUUUGCUCGGGACAUAUAUAGGUCAAACUUUAUUACCAUGGACAUGUAAGUAUGUCACUAUGAUAUUGGCAUCAAACAUUAAGGAUUCUGUUAAUAUUUCGUUGCUGCUAUGUUGAGGGAAGGAAUAUGAAUGUUUGUGUUUGCGUUCAGUCGUUCAGAUAGGG